AUGGGCUCGGCCAAGAGCAUCCCGGCCACCCCGGCGGGUCCUGCGCCCUGCAACAAGCACCUGGCACACGUAACAGAUCCUCGUUCUCCCAGCGCAGGCAUUCUGCGCACCCCCAUCCAGGUGGAGAGCUCACCACAACUAAGUCCCUCUGCCAAGGAACAGCAGCAGAAAGUGGGGAUCAAAUACAUACAACAACCUCAGGGCUCAGAUCCCCGUUCUCCCACAUUUGGCAUUAUCCGAACACCCAUGAAAACCAGCACUGUGGACCCUUCAAACCAGCUGGUAAAGCAGCUUAGUGAGGCCUUUGGGGCUGAAGCCUCUAAGCCAGAGCAUUCUACUGAACCAGCCCUACCUGUGAAGUUUUCAUCCCAGCCUGAGCAGGACUUGUCUCCACUCUCCCUUGAACGCCAAAUACCACCAACCUCCCUGAGCCAAAUUGAGGUUUCCCGAAAACAGACAAACACUACAGAAGUAACAGAACAGCCUCCAGCACCUCGAAUGACCAGCCAGGACCCUGAUAAGUUCUUGAGAGGCUCUGAGACUCCUUGUUCUUCAGGUUCUAAGCCCCCUAGAAGGAAACCUGCUAGCAAGGUCCUAGGGAGAUCACCCCUCACCACCCUGCAGGAUGAUAAUUCCCCUGGUCCCCUGAUGCCUCGGCAGAGUAAACGUUCUACAGUGCUGAGUGAGAAUAUGGGAGAUCGGAAAGAAGGGGCUAUUCUGGUAACUGGACACCCUCUGAAGAUCACUGGAUGGGCCUGGGAUCAGGGUCAUAACAAAGAAAACCAGCAUUGUUCCUUGGUUGAGAACUAGAGCCUAAUUUGUUCUGCUCCUAGACUUUGAUGCUUCAUUUUAUCUCCUCUCCUAAUGGCCAAGAAAUGAACCCAUUUGUUCAUCUCACCUCCCCACAAAACUGAAGUAAUCAGCUCUGACAGAGAGCAUAUCUUGUCAGCUGUUAUCUUCAUGCUCUCCAUAUUUCUGUGUUCAAGAU